AUGGAAUAUCCCCCAAUUAGGGCCGAUCCCCAGCUAGAGCAGCGGAUCAAGCUGGGGAGCGAGUUCCCCGAUCCCGCAAACCCCGCGCGUGCGAGAUCUCAAUUCCAGCAGCAACGGCCUGGAUCCCGCCGUCCCGAACCCACGGGCGCCAAGCCAGGGACGAGGGGGGCUAAAAUGCUUUCCAUUCCUGGGAUCGCGCGUGGUGCUGAUCUCGCAGUGGCGUGUGGUUCUGCAGACCUGGCGGAGAUAGCUAACUUCCUGGGCAUCACACCUUCGGUGGACACCGAGGCGAUUCAGGGUCGAGGUAGCUAUGAGGAGCGGGUGGAACUGCUCCAUCUUAUUGUCGACCUAGUGGAAGCUAGUUGCUACGCUGACAAUCCAGAAUGGAGUGUUGAUAAGCAAUUGGAGAAGGAUGUGCAACUCAUAGAUUCUAUUGCUGAGAAACAAGCCCAAAUUUUUUCAGAGGAGUGCAAACUUUUCCCUGCAGAUGUCCAAAUACAAUCAAUUUACCCCUUGCCUGAUAUCGCUGAAUUAGAGUUGAAGCUCUCGGAGUAUACCAAAAAGAUGUCCAAUCUGCAGCAAAUGGUUCAGGAAUUAGCAUCGAAGUAUGAUUAUAAUCCAAAUGAAGACUAUGCCGAGACAGAGUUGAAGUUGAGGGAACACUUGAAAUCAUUUUUGGAAACGGUUAAAUCCUUCAGCACAAUAUAUACUAAGGAAAUCCAUCCUUGGACCCACAUGAUGGAAGUGCCACAAUUGCAUGGCUUCGGUCCAGCUGCUAACCGCCUCUUGGAGGCAUACAAUACCCUUUUAAAGUUAGUGAGCAUUGAGCACCAUAUCUCUACAAUACUAUAUCUCUUGAAAUGCCCUGCCUUGGAAUUUUCCUGGGGAAAUCUGAGGAGUCUCCGAGAUUCAUACACUGCAAUGGCUGCUGGUUCAUUGUCGGCUUCUAAUGAGCCUUCAUCUGUGACCAAGAUUAUUUCAGACUGCGAAUCUGCACUGACCUUCUUGAAUCACAGCCUUUCCAUCCUUUCCACUUCUGUGGCACCAAUCGUCCUGAUCAGUGCUUUUUAUUCCUCUGGCAGGAACCAGAAGACAUUCCGUCCCAAGAAGAGUGCUCCAUCAGGCAGCAAGGGAGCGCAGCUCCGAAAGCACAUAGAUGCCACUCUCGGCAGUGGAAACCUUAGGGAAGCUGUGAGGUUGCCUCCUGGAGAGGAUAUCAAUGAAUGGCUUGCUGUGAAUACUGUGGAUUUCUUUAACCAAGUUAAUCUGCUGUAUGGCACACUCACAGAAUUCUGCACACCUGAGAGCUGCCCGACAAUGACAGCUGGCCCAAAGUAUGAGUACAGAUGGGCUGAUGGUGUGCAGAUAAAGAAACCCAUAGAGGUAUCCGCACCAAAAUAUGUGGAGUAUCUGAUGGAUUGGAUUGAAGGCCAGCUUGAUGAUGAAUCCAUAUUCCCUCAAAAACUUGGCACACCAUUCCCGCCAAACUUCAAGGAAGUAGUAAAGACAAUAUUCAAGCGCUUGUUUCGUGUCUAUGCCCACAUCUACCACUCUCAUUUCCAGAAGAUUGUUAGCCUUAAAGAGGAGGCCCAUCUCAAUACCUGUUUCAAGCACUUCAUUCUGUUUACAAAUGAGUUUGGCCUGAUUGACAAGAAGGAGCUGGCUCCACUCCAGGAGCUCAUCGAAUCCAUCAUCGUUCCUUACUGA